GUGUGUAUAUAGUGUGGGUGGUGGUGGUGGUGGUGAUUGCGGUGGUGCGCAAGGCUCGUGUCACUGCCACUCCAGCAGCCGACCAGUGUUUAGUAAACAUCGUAGUGGUGUUCUUCUGCCUCCUUCAGCCUCCUAUUAUCUUAUGACAGCUCUUCCUUCACUAGUCUAGCCGGAGGGUCCUUGAUCCUAGCUUGAAAAGGUGUGGCAUUACAAUGAACUUUCCUGAAGUGCGAUCAAUGGGAGGUCCUGUAGGUGGUGGUGUGGGCAUUGGUGCAGGUAGUUUGGGCUGUACUACUUCUGGGGGUGAUUCUAACCUACUUGUUAAAUCUCCUGCCUCCUCACCACCAGAAACAACUGCUUAUAUGGGUUUCCAAACUACAUCACCCCUCUCCUCCCCUCAAGCUGGCUACCCACCUGUGUCUCGUCCUAGUAUAGCCAGCAUGUGGGGCAUAGGGGGUUUCACAACACCACCCAUGCCACCCCCACCUGUUGUGUGUCCUAACACCACCGCCUCAACCCUUGGCAUUCCACAGAUGCCUAGUGCAACUUAUUUCAACUCUCGAGCACCUAUGGGUUUUAACUUCAGGAUGGCUGGCUCACAUUUAAAUGGUUAUCCCUUUGUUUACAAGCGAAAACCUGAAGAAGAACCCGAGGAAGUGUCUGGUCAUUAUCAGUAUCAGGUGAAGCCUGUGGCCAAGCAACAUAUCAGUGAAGAGAGAAUGGCUGCACAUCUUAAUUCACUCCACCUUUCAGAGAGUUACUACAAUCAUCGACUGGGUAAAAAAGGAUGUGUUAGCGACAUUGACAUGAUGUUAGAUGAAGAAACAGAUGAAGGAUUGGGAAACAAUGGAAUUUCACAACCAUGGAAGUCUGCUAAAACACCCUCAUGUAUUGUUAUUGCUGAUGAAGUCAAACAAAUUAUACCUGGAGAAUCACAGCUUCCAGCAUCAUUAUUAAAAAAAUU